AGAUAUAUUACGUCUAUGGCCUCAGCCGAGCGCGCGCAGUCUAUGGUCUAUACAUUAUACGUCUAUGCUCUAGGGACAAUCGGGCCGCGUCGAUCUGGCAACCGCGCCAUUACCGCCGCCAUCUUCACACUACACGCGGCGGUCGUCGUCACUGGUCGCUGCAGGUCGCUGCGGGUCGCUGCGGGUUUACUCGAAAGCCGUUCGUUCAGUCACUUCAGCGGUAGUGCGUGUCGCGCGUUGUCGUUUCUCCGCCGUUCUUCGCGCGCAACGUUUCGAGAGGCACGAGAGCGAGUCCCGGGAUCUCCGAGCAGCGAGAAGAUGAAGCCGGCUUACAUGAUCUGCGCGCUACUUAGCCUGACCAUCGGCACGUUGGCGAUGGCAGGGAUGACACCUCAUACACAACAGGAGGCGCGUGAAAACACUCCGCAUGCUGCUCUCGCGAAGAAUGCAAAACUCCCUGAGCCGGUAACUCUAGCGCCAACGCCAAACGUUACGUCUGAAACCACCACUUCACAUUCGACGAUUACACCCACUGCUAACCCUACCGUUGCCCCUGAACCUAUUAAACCUAACGUUACUACUACACCCAACGUUACGACACCUAUACCUUCUCCCACGACUGUUACUACACCUACUGUAGCACCUACUACAAAAUCCACUGCAAAACCUGUACCAACUACAGCAGAACCAAACCCAACCAGCCCCUCGACACAUUCUAGUACGCCUGAGAUGAAGACAACAGCUCGCCCGACAACUUUACCAUCCUCUAAGGACCGCCAGUUUGAUGGUCUGAGCUUCUUUGGUGGCAUAAUCUUGACUACGUGUCUGAUGGCGAUCGCCGUGUUCUCGUGGAAAUUCUGGAGGCAGUGCAAGGAAGGCAACUACCGUACACUGUGAUAACGUGCAAGGCUAUAAUCUCUGUCAAGUAUAUGCAGCUAAUCGAACUAAAAACUAUGAAUAAUUAUUUUAUUGUAAUAUUGCGUAUUUUUAUAACGCAGUUAAGUGUUGCGUGGUUUAAGUGCUCUUAGUAAUGUGAUGUGCAACCACGAGUUCCGUUUUUUCUCGUUAUACGUAUAUCUAAUAGGGGAGGAGGAGAGGGAGUCGAGUACUCGUAUGUAUCAGAAACGACAACAUUGUAUUCAUACUCUCGUUUUACUAGUAGACAAGAGAGAAAGAGAUUGUGACGUGUUGCGUGUUGGCAAGUAGGAAGGUAGAGCGGUAGACGAGAUAAGGAGGAGGGGAGAAAGGUGGGCGCAUUGACGAGAGCUAAUGACCAAUCAAACGUACAUUCCACUAGAGAGAAAAAGAGGGAGAUCAUGGUUCUUUAAACGCGCAUUAUCCCACUUCUUAUUAGCUUUCGCUCAAACUCUGUGCAAGCUGUAUCUUUAAUCUAUGGUAUGGUAUAUGCAUUCCGUAAAGUUACGUAAGAUCUGACUUUUCUAGACGAGAGAGAGAGGAGAGAAAGUAGCGGGGGCUCGACGCGAGUAUCUUAGCCACGAAAUCUCGAAAACAUUUUAAUCUCAGAUCAACGUGUCUCGCAGUACAUGACGCGUCCGAGACCUGCUGCACAGCAUACAGAGUUGAGGCUGGACUGUUAUUGAAAAUGAACUAGUUAGUAUAAUUACGGUAUGCGCGAGCUAUUAACUCUCUUCUUUGUACGCCCUUAUCACCAGUUCGUUUGCACAAUAUUUUUCCGCUAAGAUCUGAGUAACGCGUGGAUAAUGGUAUUGGCAAGGUAAACGCUUCAAAUCAGAUUUUGCACUUUUUUUUUUUUACGUGUUGUUUACUCAGCCUUACCUGAAUUUGCAUUGAAUACCUGGAUAUUUUAUUUUUUAUAGUUGGAUCUCGUUCUUAAGCGCGAUAUCACAGGAUAUCGUCGAUUAUUUACACGUUGCGAUUGUAACCACCAGUGGUGUGAAAUUCUUUGAACCUCUGAAAAUGCUUAUUCGUCAGACAGGUUGCCUAAGUGUCGCAUAGUUCCUUCCUCACGCGUUCGCCUAAGACUAAUCAAAUCGGAAAACGUAAACUCGAGAAAUGUUUUUCACCUUUUUUUUUUAGCGCAUCGUAUUACGUGAAUCCUCAAUCUAACUAAUUUACCGUCUUUCGUAGUAAGUAUUGUUAGAUAAUAUAUUGAAUAGCACACGUAAUUAAUGCAACGGUAUUGUAUUAAGUAAUCUUAAGUAGUAUUCUAAGAAACGUGUCACGUUCAUUAUAAAAAGGACAAAGAAAAUUAUAUAUAUAUUACGUUACAUUUAUGUGCACAUAAUCUCUUUCGGUUUGCCUUAGGUUACGUUAUGGUACAACAGUGAGAAUCCAAAGACACAA